AGAGUAUCUUUUACCAAAAUCUGUAUACAAAAAAAAAAAUGUACCCCCUUAUAAAAAGUGCAAGAAUUGGUCAAAAAAUAAAUUUUCCUUAAAGUGAUUGGGAUCGCUAGAAUAGGUAGCAAGCUGCUCAAGACAGUCGGUAUUUUAGCUGUACUCCCUUGGUUUGGCUAAACAUCGAUUGAAAAACUGGAUUCCAGUUAUUACUUGAACGAUGGAAAAGAACGAUAAAAGUGUCCAGAACCCGCAAGAGUGCAGUUUCUAUUGCUCCUCAUGCAUAAAGCACCGAAUGCAGCUUUUCGCCGAAGAAGUGGGUCGCUUGCGUCGGCAGAAGGAUUAUCCAGAAGUCAUUCGCCUAGUUUCGUCCCGAACUGAGCCAAUCUACAAACGACAGGAUAACCAUAAAGAGAGUCCGUGCCCGUGUCGAGAUCCUGAGUGUCCGUCUAGUCUCUGUCAGCGAAUCCUUCUUGGACUGGACUCGCCUUUGUGGAACCCGGAACGGGUUUUUGGUAUACUGGCACAUCAAAGGCCGGAAUCAAAUCCCAAGGACGUGAUACAAAAAUGUUCCAAAAAAACACAAUGCGAUUUGAUUCCCGAGCUUCGACUUCAAGAUUCAGAAAAUGAAGAAGAGGAGGAAAUAGAGUGUCAGAUCUGCAAGACCAUAUCGCGUAGAAUGUUUUUAGAAGCUCAAAAUAGGACACCUCCAGCCCCAACUCCGCAUAAUUUUUAUAAGCACGAAGACCUAAGGUAUUAUGAAGGCGCCCAUUCUUUAAGAACUCCAACGAAUAAACGUCCAGCUCCAACUCCUCGGUAUAUUUGCAAGCACGAAGACUUGAAUCAUUAUGAAAGCGCCAAAUCUUCAAGAACUCUAACAAAUAAACCACCAAUCCCAACUCCGCAUGAUAAUAAGCGCGAAGACUUGCAGUAUUAUGAAAACGCCAAAUCUUCAAGGACCUUAACAAAUAAGCCACCAGUCCCAACUCCGCAUUGUAUUAAUAAGCGCGAAGACUUAAAUCAUUAUGAAAGCUUAAAAUCUUCAAGGACUCUAACAAAUAAACCACCAGUCCCAACUCAGCAUGAUAAUAAGCGCGAGGACUUAAAGCAUUAUGAAAACGCCAAGUCUUCAAGGACCUUAACAAAUAAGCCACCAGUCCCAACUCCGCAUUGCAUUAAUAAGCGCGAAGACUUGAAGCAUUAUGAAGGAGCCAAACCUUUAAGGACUUUAACAAAUAAACCACCAGUACCAGCUCCACAUGAUAAUAAGCGAGAAGACUUAAAGCAUUAUGAAAACGCCAAAUCUUCAAGGACCUUAACAAAUAAACCACCAGUCCCAACUCCGCAAAAUAUGCGCGAAGAUUUAACCCAUUAUGAAGGCGCCAAACCUUCAAGGACCUCAAAAAAUAAACCACCAGUCCCAACUCCACAUAAUAAUAAGCGCGAAGACUUAAAGCCUUAUGAAGGCGCCAAACCUUCAAGGACCUCAAAAAAUAAACCUACAGUCCCAACUCCGCAGAAUAUUUUAGAGAACGGUGACCAAAAGAAUCGUGAAGACUUAGAAGAUCGCGGCAAGCCGAGCACUAAGAGCUCAAAACUAAAGACUGGUCUGAGGAGUGGCGAAGAGCUCAAAGCAACUGUUCUAUUGCAGAUUAAAGAGCAAGAGGCUUUGGAGAAAAUCAAGCUUAAGUCAGUGGCUAAAAAAGCGGAGUCGAAGCCAUCAGGAUUACCAACUGUUGAAAAAACUAUUCCCAAAACAACAGAUCGCGACGUACAGAAAAAUAAAUGUGAUAAGCCUGGAAAAUCUAUGCCAAAAAAACCAAGACCUGGUAAGAUGGAUUUCCGUAUCAGUGCCGAGGAUAUUGCUAGAACCACGAUUUAUAAUCCGAUGACAAGGCGUUUUCAGCACUUGUUUUUAAAUGUUAGGGAGAGAGCAUUGACCUUGAUGGAGGAGCUGCACAAGAUACCCACACAGAUCGACGAAAUUCAUAGGAAUGCAGCGGCUGCAAAGCGCAAAUGAGAAUCGGCUUAAUUUUUACACUUCUUCGUUUAUGAUUUAUAUAUUUUGUAAAAUAAAUUUGGGG